UAUGCCAUUGACGGCCAUGCGCGUCCAAAUUUUCCAUUCAUUUUAAAUGGCAGAAAAAGAUGUGUGGCUGUGAUUUUUGACCAUACACUUUACACUAGAGCGCAUUAACAUUCAACUGGCGCCCAAGUAAGGCGAUGCCAUUGACGGCUGUGCAGGUCCAAAUCUCUGUGUCAGCUUUCUUUUUGCACUGAAGAAUCUUGGGUAUGCGGUCGCUAUGCUCGCGGGUGGACCACCAGGUUAUUUCAGGAGCCUCGUCAACAAUUACAGGAAAGUCUUAAUUUUAUGGCUGCCGUUGUGUGUAUAUGAUUGUGUUGUAUGUAGAACAAUUAAAGACUUUGUUCUUUUAUUCUCUUUUUACACUUGAAAUUUGCCUCCCCAGACAAGCCGCACGGAAACAGCGACAGCUGAACGAAGUGCCGCGCUGCCGAUGCUGCCUCCGCGCGCGCCAACCGGGAAGGCGGAACUUUGCACGUUCACCUCUGAUAUUAACCCUUUGUACUGACUCCAUGUUCCAAAAGUUUGAAAAAGACUCGCCGAAAGCAGGUCGACAAUUUAUUCGUCGACAAUGGUCAAAAACAAGGCAAAAACAGACGACGGAGGGACAAUUCUGGAUCCAACACAAGGCUACAUGUUUCUGAGCAGCAAAAUCUUGUCUUAUCUCAAUGUCCAGUGUUUUUUAAGUCCGUGGGCCGGCCGAAGGUGUGUCCAGGCGUUGCUUUGGGAUCAUCCCUCUUUGGCCGGUUUCGGGCUGUUUAGGUUCGUGCGUGGAUGGGAUGUGGUUGCCACAGCGACCGACGCUGGUCUUGACAUCACAAGCGCCUGCUAUCAACUUUGUUAUCCGGGCUGGCACUGUUUGUUUUAGGACAAAGCGCGCUGGUCUUUGUCCUUGUUCGUUUGUCGGGAGAACCGAUUGCCAGAGUUUGGUGCGUCAAUCUUGCUCAUGGCGCACACGUUUUGGGCUUCUGUGAUAAGAUGGCGUUGUGUAUCUAUUCGGUUUCUUCAAACUAUGGUGUGCUAUUUAUUUUACAUUAGGUGUGUUAGACUAGUGCAGUCCUACAGUGAAUAUGAGAAAUGAUACUAUUCCCUGACGGAUUAUAUUACGUGUGUUCGAGUAAUGCAAACAGUUAGACGGUGCCUACGAGAAACGGUACCAUUUUUCCUUUUCCCCCUCAUGAGCGCCGAUAAGGUGAGUCACUUUACUGUGUUCAACGCCACUGAGUGGAGUCUGCCUAAACCAGGGGUGUCCAAACUUUUUGCAAAGGGGGCCAGAUUUGGUUUGGUGAAAAUGUGCGGGGCCGACCUUGGCUGACGUCCUUUAAGUAAAACAAUAUAUUUAAGCAAAUUUUAGCAAGCCAUUCAGUGUGUCACAUUUGCUUAAUUAUUUUUUUCUCUUUCGACUCUCGGGCUCUUACGAAAUACUGCUGCUGUGACAUUAAACUAGCUUCAAGUUGCUUCAAUUUCUUGCAGCGUAUCUUCCCUGUAAUCUUGCCGUACAUGUUAGCGUGCCCUGUUUGGUAAUAUCGCCUCACAUUGAAAUCUUUAAAAACAGCGACAUCUCUUUGCAAAUGAGGCAGACUCAGUUUAUGCGUAUUUUAGUGAAGAAAUAGUCUAAUUUCCACCUAUCCUUGAAGCGUCGGCCGUCACAGUCAUGGAAGUAAUGGGUCACACGGAGUAAUGUUGCUUAGCCCUUAAAUAACUCCAACAUGAAGCAAUUAUCAGAGAAUCCCUAAAUUUCGAAAAAUAAGAUCCUAAUGAAACAUUUUUUUCAAAUUUGUAAAAAGAAAAGUCAAAAUGAAUAUGUGUAAUAAGUGCUCUAUAUCUAUAACCCAUGCUAAAUCGUGUGUUUUUUUUCCCUCAUGGAGCUUGUAGAUGCAUGUGUUGACUUGCAUCCAUCACUUUUUUUUCAAAAAGAAAUGUCAAAAUUCUAAAUUAGUCUCAAAAUCAUCACAUUUUAGUUGUAUCAAAUGUGAUACAUUUGGCAAUAAAGGGUUAAAGUGCUGCUGCCUUUUAGUGGGUAAAUGUGGGGCAGCAUUUUGUGUGUAAGCUACUUCAUAUGCUGUUUGCAGAACUGCUGACCAAUUCAUUAAGUCUGUGUUCGGGCCAGACGUUAUUGAUUUUAUGACAGAGGCUGGGGGCCGGAUGAAAUUUGACCACGGGCCGCAUUUGGCCCCCGGGCCGGACUUUGGACAUAUCUGGCCUAAACUAUAGUUAAAUGAAUGUGUUAUACUAAUGCAAACAAUUAUAUGGUGUGUGCGAGAACGGUACCUUUUCCCUUCAACACACAUACUGGAACAUUCUUACGAAAUGCCCAACAAUCAACAGGUAGUGAGCCCGAAAUGCCCCAAAAUCAACAGGGAGUGACCCAAUAUCAACAGGAAGUUACACCAAAACGCUCCGAAAGCAACAGGAAGGGACCCAAUAUCAACAGGAAGUUAGCCUAAAUGCCCCAAAAUAAACAGGAAGUGACUCAAAAACCUACCAAAAUAAACAUGCAGGAGUUCACCCACCACAGUUAAGCUACCAUGGCAAUUUCUCCAGAUUUUGCAUCGUCUAGCUUGAAAUGCAAUUGAAAAUUGAGAACCGCGAGACGGCCUCAGCCGAUCUUUCACAAAAAAAAAAACCCUUUGUGACACACUUGUUUUUAUACCUUUGAUAUCGCUCCCUGCACAUAUAGAUUCCUACCGGGCUUUAAAGUCACUCACUGCUUUGUUUCCUUUUGACAUUUCGGAACAGUCAGUCCACAGCGGUCCACAGGCCGCCCCUUCACCUACGGCAUUAUAGUCUCGAGCCCCAUUCCUACGGUAACGGGAGCUUUUUGCGCUACAACAGAAAAGAGCAAUGGAGCAUAUACAACACCAUUCCUUUGGCCAGAGAAAUCACGACGCUCUCAUCCAAGACUCUCCAUCAGCACGGAGAAGGCUUUGGUCUUCUUCCGCCUCGUCCUUUUGUGUGACCGAGCCCUUCUCACGCACACUGUGUCCCGGCCGUGGUCGUUCCCCCGCCGGACGAAACCACCCGCCCGAUCCUCUGAACGGCCCGGCCGCGGCCGCCCCUCGGUCUUCGGCACUCGGCCUUGCGCCGUGGCUUCUACCUAAAGGCUUGGAAAGAACCACUGAUCUGGGAGAGGGGCGGCCACCUCACGACUACCCUCAAGCCCUCGAGCCCAAUGGUAAUGGUGAAUAUUUGUCACCUGUUUACACCUUCCCGGUGCCUUCCGAGGCCGGGCCUUCUCCGGAGCCCAACUCGAAGUCUCGCCGGCCUCCGCCCCGCAUCCCACCUCUCGCUAAAAAUGAGACCGAGAGGGAAGCGGGAGACCGUGGAGUGUUGGAAACCCACAGCGAACCUCCAGAAGACAAGGAAAGUCUAGAGGAUCCGGAUCACGAAAACUGCCCUUUCCAAUCUUCUCUCCCGGAUCUGACCGGCGAUAUCCAAAUCCCGGGUCCGAUUUCCAAAGACGACCACAAGGAUGAAAAAAUGAAGCGUGAACCAACAAACUGCACUUCAAUUGAGAGAAAAGAGGAGACGACUCAACAUGAAGAACAAGAGACUAGAGCUGAACUGCAAGUAUCCAGCUACAAUUGUCCAUCCUCAAAUCGGCAAGACGCCUACGCGUCAGGUGUGGAACUCCUUAUUGCCGCCGCCCGGUAUGCCACCGGAGAUGCGUUGCAAGCCCCUGUACCUACGUGUUCUAGUCUAGCGGUUCACCAAGGUAUAGAGAUUCUUGGAGAACUGGCUGAGCUGGAGAUACACCGGAGAAGAGUGGAAAGCAAAGAGAAGCAAGAUGAAGGUGACCGCACGGUGACCUUUGACCUGGGUAGACUGGCGACGGCCCAGGCCUUGGAGAUGCAUUGCGACGUUGGUGCUAACAAACUUUUUACGAUGAAGAGAAGGCUAAAUUUGCACAGGAAGUGCAGCUGGACGCCUCAUCACGUGUCGGUGUGUAAAGUAAAGUGCUUCUUGGAGACUAUGGGAGAGGAGGAGUUGUCCUUGCGCGUCCAGCUGGCUAAACUACAGCGCCGCUACAAAAAGAAACUGAGAGAAUUGGCUAAGCUUGAGAGGAAACAACAACACUACCACCAUCCAAAUGGGGAAAGGUCCGGUAGCCCUUACCGCAGCAGGCCAGUACGGCCCCGAAAGUGUAAAUCCAGCCCCAGUGAGCGAGCUCCAGAUUCCGCCAAAAGACUCAGAGAGGAGGAAACGUCUGAUAGCUCUGCCUGCAGGAGGUCGGUACUGUCCCGCAAGUGUAAGUCCAACCACGGCCCGCAACGUCCAAAUUCCGCCAAAAGAUUCAGGGAGGGGGAAAUGUCUGUUAGCCCUGUCCGCAGGAGGCCAGGACGACCUCGCAAGCGCCAGUCCAGCCCAGCGCCAGAUUCCGCCAAAAGAAUCAGUCUUUUGUCGAAAAGGUGGUCCCGCCCGGGCGGCCCAUCGCCACGGCUACCGCCUUGAAGGGGAAUGGUGUAGGCGGGCCGCUACAUCCGUCCGUGGCGCCGCUUCCCAUCGUCACGGUGACAGAGGACGCGACAUCCCCUCAGCACGGCCGCUCGCCAUCGUCCUGUUGCUGUUUGGAUGAACUGGACAAAUCCAUGGCUUCUUCCUCCUCGUCUCCCUCCUCGUCUUCGCCUCGGCGCCCCUCGGGCUCCUCCUCCCCAGCGUCGGGGGCGUGGCAGUAGGCCUCAGGAGAACGCUUUGGCUCUAAAGGGUCUGGCCGACACGCUGGCGUCUUCUUGGACAUUUCCAGAGACUUUUUGUGCAUUCCUGACAACACAAACGUAACAAACUCGAAUUAUUUGGACUGUUCUAAAAAUGACAAUAAACAAACAAAACAGGUGCCGUCAUUUGCUGCCUUCCCGCCCGUUUCGAACAGAUUGGACGUAUCGCGCUGUUAAUGACAGUCGUUUGAGUAAAUAGCAGAUGCUUUGACAUUGAUAAGAUAAUCAUUAAAACAAUCAGUUUAAACAAGUUUCAACUUGAA